AUGAGACUGGCCGCUUAUGCUGGGGCCUCGGUGGUCCUGGCCACUGGUGUUCUACUUAAAGCUCUUCACCAGAGGUCCAAUUUCUACUCAGCAUGCGUCUACCUCUCUCAAAGUAGUGCGAACCUUAUGAUCCUCACGAACCUAUGCCUUCUUAUUACCGGAUUCCUCCUCUUUUGGCUUCAGCGCCUUCUCUACGGACCCUUGCGACCAAUCGAGACCGAGCAACUAUACGAGCGCGCUUGGUUUGCCGUCACGGAGACAUGUUUGGCCAUGACUAUCUUCCGGGGUGAACUCGGAGCAUGGUUUUUGGUUAUGUUUAUCUCCCUGCUGGUUGGCAAGGUAUGGGGCUGGAUUGGGGAAGGACGGGUCGAGUUCUUGGAGCAACAACCCCCAGCAAACCCCAAGCUGUUCCAUAUUCGCCUGGCGUCCUCGCUUGCUCUGACCGUUCUAUUCGACUGUUUCAUGUUGCGAUACUGUGUGCAUACUGUGAUAACCCAGGCACGCCCGGAUAUGAUGGUUAUGUUUGGGUUUGAGUUCGCUAUCCUCACGAUCUUGUCGUCCUCCACACUGCUAAGAUACGCAAUCGCUCUGACCGAAAUUUCUAUCACGCGCCAGCAGGUCAAGGCGAGAGUGGAGGAACGCAGAGCUGAGAUUCGUGUUGCACGGGUCGAGGCCAUCCAAGAGUCCGCCCGCGCGGGCGCGAAUCUACCCGAUGAAAAUGAUGUGAAUGAAUUGGAGAUUGAUGUACCUGGGUGGGAGGAAAAAGGUCGCUGGGUCUUUUAUCUGGAUCUGUUGACCGACUUAUUAAAGCUCGUCAUUUACCUCACCUUCUUUGGCAUAUUGCUCACCUUCUACGGUCUGCCUAUUCACAUUCUGCGGGACGUUGUGGUCACUAUCCGCUCUUUUGCUCGUCGCAUCGUCGAUUUCAUGCGUUACCGCAAUGCGACCAGAGACAUGAACCAGCGAUACCCGGAUGCAACUGUCGAGGAAGUUUCUCGGGAGGAUGUUUGCAUCAUCUGCCGCGAAGAAAUGACCCCAGUUCAGCCGGCACAGCCUGCACAACCUGCAGAGGGAGCUGCAGAACAUCCAGCGGCUCCCCCUGCCGCUGGAUCCCGACAUGUUCCUGAACGUCUGCGUCCAAAGAAGCUUCCCUGCGGCCACAUCCUGCAUUUUGCAUGCCUUCGAAGCUGGCUGGAAAGGCAACAGAAUUGUCCAACAUGCCGGCGUCCCGUCAUUGCGCCAAAUAGAACCGCAGGAGCUGCCGGCGUGGGAGGAAACAAUGCACCCGGCCAGCCAAACGGUAACCAGGCCGGUCAGCCAGGCGCGAAUGGAGCCCCUCGAGCUCGUGUUCUUCAGCUCGGGCCACUUCGGACAGAUUCCCCAGGGCAACGCUCAGCAGCCUGCGGCGAACCCUCCUGCGGAUGCACCUGCCGGGCAAAUUGGAUUUGGGUUCGGUUGCUCCAGAUUGAACAAAGGCUCACCCAUGAGAUUCAAACCCUUCGAGCUGCCACGGAACAACUAACCCGUGUGCGCAAUCUGCAGCUGGAACUGGAUCGAUUGCGCCAACAGGGAGCCCCUGGUCCCAACCCAGUCCAGUCUUCCAAUACCCCUAUCUCAGCCCCAACCCCAGGCCCGAACCCCUCGGUGUUUUCGGCUCGUCAAUUUGUAGGAGCCUCAAGCAAUUCUGUCAUGAAUUCGGGCGACGCGCGUCUACCCGAAGGAUUGACCAUUCCUCCUGGAUGGACUCUUCUUCCUCUCCAGCGUAUGGACAACAGUACUGGUUUAGCACAACCCGUGCCGCCAGUGCCUGCCACCUCCGUUACUACUGAGACCACACCUGCGUCGGCUUCGAACAGUGCCGUUCCCCUGUCGGAUACCACAUCCGCGCCCCAUCAGGCAAACGGAGACGUGCAAAAAUCGACCCAAACCUACAGCCCACCCCCCACUGUUCCUACUCCUGCUCCUGAUACUCGCGCGGACGAGGCCCGUGCAGAUUCUCCCUCCCAAGAAUGGACAGACUUAGCCCCCAAACAACCAUUGGCCACUGGGUCCACUAUCCCCACGACCUGGGGCAGUGGAGAGUCUUCACAGGCGCCGGCUUCCCCGGAUGAGCGCUCGGAGUCUCCAUCCAAAGGCAAAGGCCGGGCUGUGACUGUUGAAGAAACAGCCGACGAAGAGGCGGUAUAG